UGUCAGUCGUAUAAUAAUAAAAAUAAAAUUACGAAUAUCAAACAAUUUCUCACCAAUCCAUAAGAUAAAUGUUGAAAUAAUGGGAGGUGAUAAAAAGAGAAGAUCAAGAAGUAGAGAAAGGCACGAUAACAAAGAUUGGGACCGAGAUCGUAAUAGAGAAAGGGAGAGGAAACGUUCAAGAUCAAGAAGCAAAGAACGAAGUUACAAACGGCAUCGUUCACGAUCUAGAGAUAAAUAUGAGACCGCUAAUCGUUACGAUAAACAUGAGAACAAAUACGAAAAACAUUCUAAAGGUGACCGAAAUGAAAGAGACAAAAAAGAUGAUAGGAAAAGGGAUGAAAAGGACCCUAAAAGCCGCCAAAAAUCACCAACUCCAGUCGAUGAGGACACCAAAUCUGGUCAUAAAAAAGAGUCUUCCGCACCAGUGAAAAAAGAGCCUUUGUCACUUGAAGAACUAUUGGCUAAAAAGAAAGCUGAAGAGGCAGCAAAAAGUAAACCUGUGUUUUUAACCAAAGAACAAAGAGCUGCUGAGGCAAUCAAGAGAAGGGAGGAAGAAAUUGCAAAAAAAAGGAAACUACAAGAGGAAGAGAAGAAACUCAUUCAAAAUAUUCAAACAACCAGACUUGAAGAGCAACGAAAAGAAGAGCGAGAUUUCAGAAGACCUCGUGAUAGAGAAUUGAAGGAAGAAGAAAAACAAAAAGACAAGGAUAAGGAAAGAGAACAGGAUGCUAUAAAAGAAAGAUAUUUGGGAUUAGUUAAAAAGAAAAGGAGAGUCAGGAGAUUGAAUGAUAGAAAAUUUGUUUUUGAUUGGGAUGCUGGAGAAGAUACAUCAACAGAUUAUAACAACAUAUAUAAAGAGCGUCACCAGGUUCAAUUUUUCGGUAGAGGAAACCUAGCAGGAAUUGACAUAAAAGCGCAGAAACGAGAUCAAAGUAAAUUUUAUGGUGAGCUUCUUGAAAAGCGUAGGACAGAGGCAGAAAAAGCUCAAGAAAAGGUCAGACUCAAAAAAGUUAAAAGGAAGGAAGAAAAACAACUGUGGGAUGAUCGUCAUUGGUCUGAAAAAGAAAAUACUGAAAUGACAGAGAGGGACUGGAGAAUUUUCAGAGAAGAUUACAACAUAACAAUCAAGGGUGGAAAAAUUCCUGAACCGAUAAGGAACUGGAAAGAAUCUGGUAUUCAAAAGGAACUGUUGGAAAUUAUUGAUAAGGUUGGUUACAAGGAACCUACUCCUAUUCAGAGACAGGCAAUACCAAUUGGUAUGCAAAACAGAGACAUCAUUGGUGUCGCUGAAACAGGUUCUGGUAAAACUCUUGCAUUCCUCAUCCCCUUGCUAUCUUGGAUACAAUCUCUUCCAAAAAUUGAACGGACAGAGGAUGCAGAUCAAGGACCAUAUGCUAUCAUACUUGCGCCAACUCGUGAGUUGGCACAGCAAAUCGAAGAGGAAACUGUUAAGUUUGGUCAGCCUUUGGGUAUCAGGACAGUGGUAGUAGUUGGAGGUCUGAGCAGAGAAGAACAAGGAUUCAGGCUUCGAAUGGGUUGUGAAAUCGUUAUAGCUACACCCGGACGUUUGAUUGAUGUGUUGGAAAAUAGGUAUUUGGUCCUGAAUCAAUGUACCUAUAUAGUUCUGGAUGAAGCUGACAGAAUGAUAGAUUUGGGUUUCGAACCGGAUGUACAAAAAAUAUUAGAGCAUAUGCCUGUUACUAACCUGAAACCUGAUACGGAGGAGGCAGAAGAUAGUCAAGUUCUUCUUGCAAAUUAUAACACCAAGAAGAAAUACAGGCAAACCGUGAUGUUUACAGCCACUAUGCCCCCAGCAGUGGAAAGAUUGGCUAGAACAUACUUGCGAAGACCAGCUGUUGUUUAUAUUGGUUCCAUUGGUAAGCCUGUUGAGAGGGUUGAACAAAUUGUUCAUCUUAUGGGAGAAAAUGACAAGAGACGUAAACUUAUCGAGUACCUGUCUAAAGGAGUUGAUCCACCUAUCAUUAUAUUCGUCAACCAGAAGAAAGGAGCCGACGUUUUGGCUAAAGGUCUUGAGAAAUUGGGUUACAAUGCUUGUACACUUCAUGGUGGUAAAGGACAAGAGCAGAGAGAAUACGCCUUGGCUAGUCUCAAAUCGGGAUCCAAGGACAUUUUGGUCGCAACCGAUGUUGCUGGAAGAGGUAUCGACAUCAAGGAUGUAUCGAUGGUCAUUAAUUAUGAUAUGGCUAAAACAAUCGAAGAUUAUACCCAUCGUAUCGGAAGAACUGGUAGAGCUGGAAAAACUGGUAUCGCCGUCAGUUUCUGUACCAAUGAUGAUUCAGCUCUUUUCUAUGACCUUAAACAGAUGCUCAUGUCUUCUCCUGUGUCUAAUUGUCCCCCCGAGCUCAUGAAUCAUCCUGAGUGUCAAAUGAAGCCUAAUCAACCCAAGAGGAGGAGGGAUGAAAUGAUUUUCGCUUAGUUGUGAACUUACAAUUUAAAAUUCUGUACUAAAUGUAACGUAGGAAUAAAUUCAGAUCAAGUUUU